AUGGUGUGCUCCCGUGGAUGUGACCCAGGAAGUCGGCAUCUAUUACAGUUUAUUAUACUUCUAGCAGCCUGGGAAGCAGGGAGUGGCCAGCUCCACUACUCAGUUCCCGAGGAAGCCAAACACGGCAACUACGUGGGACGCAUCGCGCAGGACCUGGGGCUGGAGCUGGCGGAACUGGUGCCCCGCCUGUUUCGGGUGGUGUCCAAAGGCCACGGGGACCCUCUGGAGGUAAAUCUGCAGAAUGGCAUUUUGUUCGUGAAUUCUCGGAUUGACCGGGAGGAGCUGUGCGGGCGGAGCGUGGAGUGCAGUAUUCACCUGGAGGUGAUUGUAGACAGGCCGCUUCAGGUUUUCCAUGUGGAGGUGGAGGUGAAGGACAUUAACGACAACCCGCCUGUGUUCCCAGCUGCACAAAAGAAUCUGUUCAUCGCGGAAUCUAGGCCAGUUGACUCUCGGUUUCCACUAGAGGGCGCAUCCGAUGCAGAUAUUGGAGAGAACGCUAUGCUCACUUACAGACUGAGCCCCAAUGAGUAUUUCUCGCUGGAUGUACCAACCAAGGAUGAGCAGGUAAAACCUCUUGGACUUAUAUUACGGAAGCCUUUAGACAGAGAAGAAGCUUCAGAGCUUCAUUUAUUGCUCAUGGCCACCGAUGGGGGCAAACCCGAACUGACUGGCACUGUUUGGUUACUCAUCACAGUGCUGGAUGCCAAUGACAAUACCCCAGUUUUCGACAGAACACUCUAUAAAGUGAAAUUACCAGAAAAUGUUUCUAUUGGGACGCUGGUGAUUAACCCCAAUGCAUCAGAUUUAGAUGAAGGCUUGAAUGGGGAUAUUAUUUAUUCAUUCUCUAGUGAUGUUUCUCCAGAUGUAAAAUCCAAGUUCCGCAUAGACCCUGUAACUGGGGAAAUUACAGUGACAGGAUUAAUUGAUUUUGAAGAAAGUAAAGCCUACAAAAUUCGAGUAGAGGCUAUUGAUAAAGGUUUCCCACCACUGGCUGGUCAUUGUACAGUUCUUGUGGAAAUUGUGGAUGCUAAUGACAAUGCUCCACAGUUGACUAUCACUUCACUGUCUCUCCCUGUCUCCGAGGACGCCCUGCCAGGCACAGUCAUCACAUUGAUUAGCGUGUUUGACCUAGAUUUUGGAGCCAACGGUCAGGUGACCUGUUCACUGACGCCCCAAGUUCCCUUCAAGCUUGUAUCCACCUUCAAAAAUUACUAUUCGUUGGUGUUGGACAGCGCCCUCGACCGAGAACGUGUGUCUGCCUAUGAGUUGGUGGUGACAGCUCGAGAUGAGGGCUCGCCUUCUUUGUGGGCCACGGCCAGUGUGUCUGUGGAGGUGGCCGAUGUGAAUGAUAACGCGCCAGCCUUCCCACAGCCGGAGUACUCUGUGUUCGUGAAGGAGAACAAUCCGCCGGGCUGUCACAUCUUCACUGUGUCGGCGUGGGACGCAGACGCACAGGAGAAUGCGCUGGUGUCCUACUCGCUGGUGGAGAGGCGGGUGGGCGAACGCGCACUAUCGAGCUACGUGUCGGUGCACGCGGAGAGCGGCAAGGUGUACGCGCUGCAGCCUCUGGACCACGAGGAGCUGGAGCUGUUGCAGUUCCAGGUGAGCGCGCGCGAUGCAGGCGUGCCACCUCUGGGCAGCAAUGUAACGCUGCAGGUGUUUGUGCUUGAUGAGAACGACAAUGCGCCCAAGCUGCUGGCACCUCGGGCUGGCAUGGGCAUUGGUGCAGUUAGCGAGCUGGUGCCACGGUCGGUGGGCGCAGGCCAUGUAGUGACGAAGGUGCGGGCAGUGGAUGCGGACUCUGGGUACAACGCGUGGCUUUCCUAUGAGCUGCAGCCUGCAGCGGGUGGCAUGAAUAGCCUAUUCCGCGUAGGUCUGUACACUGGGGAGAUCAGCACCACACGGGCCCUAGACGAAGUGGACACUCCGCGCCAGCACUUGUUGGUGUUGGUAAAAGAUCAUGGUGAGCCAGCGCUGACGGCCACCGCUACUGUGUUGGUUUCACUAGUGGAGAGCGGCCAGGCGGCAAAAGCCUCUUCUAGGGCACUGGAGGGCAAUGUGGUGCCAGAUGUGUCGCUGAUGGAUGUCAACGCGUACCUCAUUGUUGCCAUCUGUGCGGUGUCUAGUCUGUUGGUGCUCACGCUGUUGCUGUACACAGUGCUUCAAUGUUCUGCGCCACCCACCAAGGGUUCAUGCAGGCCCAGCAAGCCCAGGCUGGUGUGCUCCAGCGCAGUGGGGAGCUGGUCAAACUCACAGCAGGGGCAGCAGAGAGCGUGCUCUGGAGAGAGUCCUCCUAAGGCUGACCUCAUGGCCUUCAGCCCCAGUCUUCCUCAGGGUUCCACCUCUACAGAGAAUGUGAGUUAUAAUGAUCUUGUUUCCAGCAAUUUAAAAAUAUUUAUUUUAGCAUUUCUCCUUAAAUAUUCCUUAUGA